AUGAACCCUAUCAUAUUCUCAGGCUACAUUUUUAUAUUGUAUCUCUCAAACCUACAACUAGUUGCAGUUGCUGAUGAUGGUAGUUAUGUUCCUACAGAGAACAUAGUUCUCAGCUGCGGCUCCAACACUUCAGAAUAUGUUCAAUAUGAUGGAAGGAAUUGGAAUGGGGAUAUUGUUUCACCGUAUGUUCCCUCUGAUGCUGACACCAAGUCCCUGGCAGUGAGAGCCCCUAACACUCUUGAAUCCAUUCCAGAAGUUCCCUAUAUGACUGCAAGGAUCUUUCACUCUAAAUUCACCUACACCUUCAAUGUAACUCCAGGUCCCAAAUUCAUUCGCCUUCACUUCUACCCAGCUUCCUACAUCAAUCUCAACAUCUCCAAUGCUUUCUUAUCAGUAAGUGCUGCUAACUUCACUCUUCUCCAUAACUUCAGUGCUUCCCUCAACGCUGAUUACUAUAACUUGGCCUAUUUCAUGAAAGAAUUCAUUGUGCAUGUUAGUGGGAGUGUUUUACAACUCACUUUCUCCCCAUCAUAUAAUACCUCCCAUGCCUUUGCAUUUCUGAAUGGUAUUGAAGUUGUUUCAAUGCCACUUAAUUUAUACACGACGGGUGGUGAUGAUGCUCCUCUUCCCUUAGUUGGCCAUAACAAAGUUGUUAACAUUUAUAAUGACACUGCCAUGGAGAACUUGUACAGAUUGAAUGUAGGAGGUGAGCAAAUCCCACCCAAAUAUGACACUGACAUGUUUCGGAGUUGGGACUCUGAUGAAGUUUACAUUUUAGGGGCUAAUAUUGGUAUUCGACCCUUUGAUAUGAGCAUGCUGGUUUUGUAUUCUGAUAAUGCUCCACCAUAUUCAGCCCCAGUAGACGUUUACCGCACAUCCCGCUCAAUGCCACCUUUUGAUGAUGGACUUAUAAAUUUAAAUUUCAAUUUGACAUGGUUUUUUCCCGUUGAUUCUGGUUUCCUUUAUCUGGUCAGGCUUCACUUCUGUGAAAUUUAUCAAGGUAUAACAAAGAUCAAUCAGGUAGUUUUUACCGUAUUUUUAAAUAAUCAAACAGCUGAAGAGCAAGUUGAUAUAAUUGCUUUGGGUGGGGAGCCCGGAGUUGCUGUACACAGAGAUUACGUAGUGAUGGUUCCACACGUUAAUGAGGGAAAGCAGGAUUUGUGGCUUGAUCUGCACCCAUACAAGGAUUCUAAACCCAUGUACUACAAUGCUUACUUGAAUGGUGUGGAGAUCUUUAAACUCAGCAAUUUUGGUGAUAAGAGUCUUGCAGGGCUCAACCCUUCCAAAAGCUUCUUGUCUGGGUCAGAUGAAAAGGCUUCCCAUGUUGCACAUUUUAAUAAAAGUUCGAAGAAACUCAAAUUCGUCCUGAUUGGAUGUGGACUUCUUGCAGUGGUGCUGCCAGUUCUCCUUUGCUUACUCCUAAUCAGGUUAAAGGUGAUCAAGCUUAGAAGGGUCGUUUCACUGUGCGGUCUCACUGUCCACACACCUAAUCGAAUUGAAAAAGCAAAAAAGUGGUCACUUUGCACUCAAUUUUCAAUGCGAGAUAUAAAAUUGGCGACAAAUGACUUCCAUGAGGAUUUACUUAUAGGCACUGGUGGAUUUGGCAGUGUUUACAAGGGUAGCUUCACCGAUGGUGCAACUUACGUGGCUGUUAAACGUGCCAAUCCAAUGUCAGAGCAAGGUAUUUCAGAAUUUGAGGCAGAGAUCCUUUUGCUCUCACAGCUUAAGCAUCAUAACCUGGUAUCCCUUUUGGGUUAUUGCAAUGAGGAUGGGGAGAUGAUAUUGGUGUAUGACUUCAUGGCCAAUGGAAGUCUGCACGAUCAUCUUCAUCUGAGGCAGAGAGAUGGAUCCCCUUUGGAUUGGAUUCAACGUCUUGAGAUAUGCAUGGGAAUUGCAAGGGGUUUGCACUACCUUCACACUGGCACAAAGGACAGGAUCAUUCACCGCGACAUCAAGACAACCAACAUACUCUUAGAUCACAACUGGGUGCCCAAAAUUUCAGAUUUUGGGUUGUCAAAGGCAGGUUUCCCUUCCUUUGUCACUACCAACGUGAAGGGUAGCAUUGGUUACUUAGAUCCCGAAUGCUAUGAAAGCCACAAGUUGACUGAGAAAUCUGAUAUAUACUCACUUGGGGUGGUGUUAUUAGAGGUUCUGAGUGCAAGACCUGCUGUAAGUGUAGGUGAAGAUGAUGAGCAUAUUAACUUGGCUGAAUGGACUGUGUCGUGCCUUGAGAAUGGAAAUGUGGAGGAAAUAGUUGAUCCCAACUUGAAAGAAAACAUAAUUAAGGAGUGCUUUGAGUUAUAUUUAGGAGUUGCAAUGAAAUGUUUGGCUGAAAGAGGAACGGAAAGGCCAUCCAUUGGUGAAGUGCUAGAGAGCCUUGUUCUGGCAAUGCAUCUUCAGAAAAAUGAAGGCAGUGUCCCAAAUGGAAAUCAUAAUGCUGCUCUGCAGGGUAAUUCAGAUUUGACACCUGGGGUUGAGUUCUCUGAAAUCAUGACGCCUAUUGGUCGGUGAACGUGAUCUUUCCACAAACAAAUUGCCUCAAUGCUUUUAGACAUUAAGACAUUUCCAUUUCAAAUAAUGUGUUGUAGGAAUCAAAAGCACUACUAGAAAUCAUUUGUAUUGCGCUACCACUGCUGCAAUUCUUAGUUUUUUUCUGAACUUUCCCGUAAACAACAGGCCAAUUGCUUCGUACAAAUGGCUUACGGCAAGUGCUAGUAUGUAAGGGGAAUUCUGCAUGCAGCCAACAUCCCAUUAAUAGUUUACCACAUAUAGAAAAUAAUUGAAAAUUUAGUAUUGAAUAAUCUUUAACAUUCCAGUAGA